GCACAAACGAUAUAAACUAUCAAACUGCCCAAACGGUAGCAGAGGGAGUAUUAAAUCUAGGCAUACAAAUUACUCAAGACUCGCCUAGAACAGACAUAGUAAUCUCUGGGAUACUUCCAAGAACCAAUAAACCAAAUUUGAUGUCCAAAGUGAAUCAGGGAAACAGAUUAAUAAAAGCAUUUUGUAUUGAAAAGACUGGGCAUUCAUUCCUAGAUCAUUCUUUCAACUCAACUUGUCUGAACUCUCGAGGACUACAUUUAAAUUGA